AAAGGAGAAGACAGAAACGAUUUUUAGAAAAAAGAAAAUAUAGGAUGAGAGAGAAAGAGGGGAGUGGUGUUAUAUAUAUAUGAGGCGAUAAGACUCGCGAUUAUCGCACCAAAUUGCUUUGUCAAUUUCUCUAAUCUCUAUCUUCUUCUUCUUCACCGUCCUCUCAACCAUUACCAUGGAUCCCUACAAGCAUCGUCCAUCUAGCGCUUACAAUUCUCCUUUCUGGACUACAAAUUCUGGUGCUCCUGUUUGGAACAACAACUCCUCCCUAACCGUUGGAUCUAGAGGUCCAAUUCUCUUGGAAGAUUAUCAUCUUGUGGAAAAGCUUGCCCAAUUUGACAGGGAACGGAUCCCAGAACGUGUUGUCCAUGCUAGGGGAGCUAGUGCAAAGGGUUUCUUUGAAGUCACACAUGAUGUUUCACACCUGACAUGUGCUGAUUUCCUUCGAGCCCCUGGAGUUCAGACACCAGUCAUUGUCCGUUUCUCAACCGUCAUUCAUGAACGUGGCAGCCCUGAAACCUUGAGGGACCCUCGAGGUUUUGCUGUGAAAUUUUACACCAGAGAGGGUAACUUUGACCUUACUGGAAACAACUUUCCUGUCUUCUUUGUUCACGACGGGAUGAAUUUUCCGGAUAUGGUCCAUGCUCUUAAACCCAACCCCAAGUCCCACAUCCAGGAGAAUUGGAGAAUCCUUGACUUCUUCUCCCACUUUCCAGAAAGCCUUCACAUGUUCUCCUUCCUAUUUGAUGAUUUGGGUGUCCCACAAGAUUAUAGGCAUAUGGAUGGUUUUGGAGUUAACACAUACUCCCUGAUCAACAAGGCCGGCAAACAAUUGUACGUGAAAUUUCACUGGAAGCCCACAUGUGGUGUGAAGUGUCUAUUGGAGGAAGAGGCCAUUAAGGUGGGAGGAUCCAACCACAGCCAUGCUACUCAAGACCUUUAUGAUUCGAUUGCUGCUGGUAACUAUCCUGAGUGGAAACUGUAUAUUCAAACAAUAGAUCCUGAUCAUGAAGACAAAUUUGAUUUUGACCCACUUGAUGUAACUAAGACAUGGCCCGAGGACAUUAUACCCCUUCAGCCUGUAGGUCGUUUGGUUUUGAACAAGAACAUAGAUAAUUUCUUUGCUGAGAAUGAACAACUUGCAUUUUGUCCUGCCCUUAUCGUGCCUGGUAUAUAUUACUCAGAUGAUAAGAUGCUUCAAACCAGGAUUUUCUCCUAUGCUGAUUCACAGAGGCACAGACUUGGACCAAACUAUCUGCAGCUUCCUGCUAAUGCUCCCAAGUGUGCUCACCACAACAAUCACCAUGAGGGUUUCAUGAAUACCAUUCACAGGGAUGAAGAGGUCAAUUACUUCCCUUCAAGGUAUGAUUCUGUCCGUCAUGCAGAAAGGGUCCCCAUUCCUACUCCUACUUUAUCUGCAAGGCGUGAGAAGACUAAUAUUCCGAAGCAGAAUAACUUCAAGCAGCCGGGAGAGAGAUACCGAUCUUGGCCAGCUGACAGGCAAGAUAGAUUUCUCCGCAGAUGGGUAGAUGCUUUAUCUGACCCACGUGUCACCCAUGAAAUCCGCAGCAUCUGGAUAUCAUAUUGGUCUCAGGCUGAUCGUUCUCUUGGGCAAAAGAUAGCUUCUCAUCUGAACAUGAGGCCCAGCAUUUAAGCUUCGUGUAUGAUAAAGGAUGUUUGUUUGGAUGAUUUGAAAAGACUAUUUUUCUUGCAGUAUUGUAUCGUUAAUGUAUAUCAUAAACUCAUGUAUGUGACUUGUUGAGUUGUUGCAAUAAAUGUCGUUUGUAUGUGUUAGUAUUUA